AUGUGGCGGCCUUGGCGCAAAUCGUCGGUUAAGAUUCACGACACGUACUCCCCCACCGCUUCACUCUCCUUCAAAGACAUCCAACACCUCUGCACCGACGACUCCUCUUCCUUCCCCUCUUCACCUUCUCCUUCUCCUUCUUCCUCCGCCAAAAACGUCUCCAGAGUUUUUCACCGAGUCUGCGCAUCAAAUUUGAUCCUCCGAUCCUGGCCAACUAAACCUUCCAAUCAGCUCCUCCGCGCAGAUUCCGAGCCCGCCAAUCUACGGCAGAAUCCGGCGCCACCGAAGGCCGAACCAGAUUUACGGAUUUCGAUCCCCGGCGCGGAGAGCAGCAUCGUCGUCUACUUCACCAGCCUCCGCGUUAUUCGUCCAACGUUCGAGGAAUGCAAAGCCGUCACAGCGAUCCUCGGUAGCUUCCCCGUGCGAAUCGACGAGCGAGAUCUCUCAAUGGACCCGUCGUUCGCCGCCGAGCUGCAGCGGAUCUUCGGCGGUGGCCAGAAAGAGCAGAACCAGACGAAACCACCGAAGGUGCCGCGCGUAUUCAUCGGCGGCCGGUACAUCGGAGGAGCGGAGGAGGUUAAACAGCUCCACGAGAUCGGAGAGCUGAAGAAGCUAGUACAGGAGCUGCCAAGGAUUGAACCUGGCGUAUGCGAAAUGUGCGGUGGUCACAGAUUUGUGCCUUGCAACGCGUGUCACGGUAGCCAUAAGGUGCACACGGAGAAGCUAGGGUUCAGAACAUGCUCAGUCUGCAACGAGAAUGGUCUCGUUAGGUGUUCUUCUUGUUCGUUUCCACAUCUCUCGCCUAAUUCCUAG